AUGCGAGCUCAAGAGACGUUAUUGCUCCGCGCCAUCGGGAGUUGGGGCGUGUGGUGUCACCUCAUUCUCUGCAUCGCCACCUCAAUCUUGAUGCUAUCCAAACUGGAUGGGUACGACGCAGCCGACGACUCCCGGGUCCCGUUUUUGAGAUGGAGGAACGGUCUGCGUGUCAGUGACGUUGCAACACUGAUUUCCGUCGCCAACACCCUCAUUCGAAUCUGCUCGACGAGCGUCGUCGCCAUUAGUUCUGCCCGAGUCAUUUUCAUGCUCCUGGAGAAGGCGAGCCUAAGCCUAGGCGAGGUCCAGAGCAUUGCGAGCUGGAAAGCCAUCAUCCGACUUCCCUUUCGGCGCCGCCGAUACGAGGUCGCAGGCGAGGACAAGACGAACCAAUCAAGCCUAAAUCGAUCGGGGCUUUUGUCGACAGAUUCUCAGGUAGCCGGGAACUACAAUCACCGACGCUGGGUGUGGUCGCUGGCCUUGAUUCUUCUCCUGAUGACCCCGCAGCAGUUUUCAGCCCCGAUUCUCUCCGGAUCUGUGGACUGGAAUGUCUUCAGCACGUGGGGACAGCCUGUCAAGACGUUCUCCGGCUCCCAGGGCGAAAUCGAGCUGGACUGGGCCUCGUAUGCCGACGACGGGCGGCUCCGAGAGUGGCACGCCAGACGGGCCUCGGGUUAUGCCGGCAUCACUUGGGGGAGCAGCAAUGGGGCCGACGCCCCGCCCGGCCCUGAAGUAUGCCGCCAUAUUAUAGACAACAGAGGGCUUCCGGAGCAGUCAAAACUGUUGGGCGCGACGCUGCCGCAUAUCAAGGUGCACUCCAUCAACUGGGACCCCCCGAACGUGACGAGGAGCUCCCUUCCCUUGGGACCAAACAUCAGCUCCUUCGGCGACGAUGUUCUGCGGUACUACCAGACCGGAAACGCGGUGCUCUACGACCCCCAGAACAGCUGGGCCAUCCCGACGGCUGAACGCGUUUGCGUAGCUCGGCCUCAGGGGAUCGCGGCGGUGGAUGCAGCGCAAGCUAAAUCCCAAGCGGCUAGUUACGGUCAAGGACUGGGCAGCGCCAUAGUCCGGGCUCUUGCUGCAGAUUCGGGGUCGGCCCAGGCGAACAGUGGACGGCCAGCCGCUCAAGAUGGCACGAGUCUCACCACCGGUAGUACCCAACAGUGCUCGGAACAGCUCCCUGCGCCCAAGGAGCCGCUCCGUUUUGUCGGCGAGGCCAUGAUCGCUGUUUUGAUCUCCAGGCAGAACAUUACGGAGUGCCAGACCAUCCGAAACAACUCGUUUGGCGACACAUCCCGGGUGCGCAAGUUUGCCAACGUCACGCUAGGCGUGCAGGAAAGCUGCUACGCCCUGGGGACGGUCAACUUCACCGCCGGCGUCGUCACGCUGCCGGAGACGAGAUACAUUAGUAGCCAGGUUGUCGAGGGCAACUGCACAGACGCCAUACUAGACGAGGGGACAUGGGUACGGGAGGCACUGCUUAUGAUGCCCGACGUCAUGACCAUGGUGUCCCUCAUGAACGCCACGAGCAUGCCGACAUGGGACGCCCUCGACGAAUAUGUCGGCACCCUGCUCCAGCAGUCCUUCACCGCGAGCUGGGACGCCCUGUACUCGGCCUCGAACCUGACCGUCUUCCUCGACGCGCAGCCGUACCAGCCAAGGAUCCGCGCGUCCGUCUCCAGGUUGCGCGUUGCGGUUUGGCUGGCCCUGAACCUCCUCCUGACCGUAUCUACCUUGUUCUUACUCUUCGCCGAGUCGUUCUGCGAGCGGGGCACGGCGUACGACGCGACAGCGGCAUUCUUAAUGACCGACGUGGACGCUUCACUGUUGGGGAACGAGAGGGACAACCUGUCCAUGGUAACGGGGGUCGACUCCAAUGUACGGGUCAAACUGUUGCGCAACUCGAGCGGGCGAUUCCGCUUGUCUCCCCAUGAAUGGAAAAGGUAA